GACGGCGGCGGCCUGCGCGGAGCGGCGGCGACGGCGGCGUCAGUGGCGGCCUCGGUGUCAGCGGCGGCUGUGCCCGUUCCCCGUGCCCGCCGCGCCAUGCCCACCGUCGAGGAGCUCUACCGCAACUACGGCAUCCUGGCCGACGCCACCGAGACGGCGGGGCAGCAUAAGGAUGCUUACCAGGCGAUCUUGGAUGGUGUGAAAGGAGGUGCCAAGGAAAAGAGACUUGCAGCCCAGUUCAUUCCGAAGUUCUUCAAGCAUUUCCCUGAAUUAGCUGACUCAGCUAUCAAUGCCCAGUUGGACCUUUGUGAGGAUGAAGAUGUUUCUAUCCGGCGCCAGGCAAUUAAGGAAUUGCCUCAGUUUGCCACCGGAGAUAACCUUCCCCGGGUAGCAGACAUACUGACCCAGCUUCUACAGUCAGAUGAUUCUGCAGAAUUCAAUUUGGUCAACAAUGCAUUGCUCAGUAUCUUUAAGAUGGAUGCUAAAGGGACUUUGGGAGGUUUAUUCAGUCAAAUUCUUCAGGGGGAGGAUAUUGUGAGAGAGAGGGCCAUCAAGUUCCUUUCUACAAAACUGAAAACCCUGCCUGAGGAGGUGUUGACAAAGGAGGUCGAAGAGUUCAUACUAACUGAAUCUAAGAAGGUGCUGGAAGAUGUGACAGGCGAGGAAUUUGUUCUGUUCAUGAAAAUACUGUCUGGGUUAAAAAGCUUACAGACAGUAAGUGGGAGGCAGCAACUGGUGGAGCUGGUAGCCGAACAAGCUGACCUGGAGCAAACACUCAAUCCCUCUGAUCCAGAUUGCGUGGACAGACUUCUACAGUGUACUCGGCAGGCAGUGCCGCUCUUCUCAAAGAACGUUCAUUCCACAAAAUUUGUUACGUACUUCUGUGAGCAUGUGCUUCCGAACCUUGGUUCUUUGACUACUCCAGUGGAGGGUGUUGAUAUCCAGUUAGAGGUCUUGAAGCUUCUUGCGGAAAUGAGUUCAUUUUGUGGAGAUAUGGAAAAGCUUGAAUCAAACUUGAAGAAGUUGUUUGAUAAAUUACUGGAGUACAUGCCACUUCCUCCGGAGGAAGCAGAGAACGGGGAAAAUGCUAGCAGUGAAGAGCCCAAGUUGCAAUUCAGUUACGUGGAGUGUCUGUUGUAUAGCUUCCAUCAGUUAGGUCGUAAACUUCCAGACUUCCUCACAGCCAAGUUGAAUGCGGAGAAAUUGAAAGACUUUAAAAUCAGGCUACAGUAUUUUGCUCGAGGCUUGCAGGUGUAUAUUCGACAGCUUCGUCUAGCGCUCCAAGGAAAAACAGGAGAGGCCUUGAAAACAGAGGAGAACAAGAUCAAAGUGGUUGCCUUGAAAAUAACCAAUAACAUCAAUGUUUUAAUCAAGGACCUCUUCCACAUUCCUCCUUCUUACAAAAGUAUAGUCACACUGUCCUGGAAACCAGUACAGAAGGCAGAUGCAAGUCAAAAAAGAACAAGUGAAGAUACAACCUCAAGUUCACCUCCAAAGAAAGCUUCGGCAGGACCAAAAAGGGAUGCCAGGCAGAUAUAUAAUCCUCCCAGUGGAAAAUACAGUAGUAACCUGGGUAGUUUUUCUUAUGAGCAAAGAGGUGGUUUCCGGGGUGGACGAGGAAGAGGCUGGGGAGGACGUGGCAAUCGUAGUCGAGGAAGAAUCUACUGAGUAGACCACUGUAUCUUCCCCGGCCCCAAUGGGCUACCGUAAAAGUACUACUCAGCAAAAGAUUGCUUGGAAUAUUGUUUCCUUCAAGGACUGCCUUCCACUAGGACUGACUUAAAUGUUCUUUAUACCUUUGUAUGUAUGAUCUACUUUUCUAACGGACUACAACUUGUCCAUAGUGAAACUACAACUGUAUUUUUGGAUGCUUACAGUCAGCAGUUUUGGGUUCUUACUUUUGAAGUGUCUUCAGGAUUUAUUCAAAAUUGGAAAAGAGCAUAGAUGUCUUAUCAAAAGCUACAUCUUAAUUGUUUGUAUAUUAACCUAAAAAUCAGCUACUGCAUAACAAGCUAUGUAAUUGAGUUCACGUAUUAAGUAAUGGACAGGAAAGGCAUGAUUACAGAGAUACAUGUCAGAUAAGCUUAGCAGCUGAAGUAACCCUUUCCUCAUCUGUAACCAUAUUUUGCAAUAUGUGGAGAAGAGUACCAUUGUUAAAUUUGAUUUUAUUUACUUACUAUAAUGAACUUGACUGAGAGACAUGCUGAUUUUCUGAAGUUUGCAGCAUGAUUGGAAACUUACUUUGCUUGUAGCAUGAAGCAGUCCUUUUCCUUAGAGAUGUGGAGAAUGUGGUGUGUUUUUUGUUUUGCACAUCUUACUCUUCUCCGUGCAUUGUAAUGCAAAAGUGGUGUUUUGCAAAGGAAUUUUUAAUGUUGAAUAUGAAUAUGUGCAUAUACUUAUGCCAUGAAAUCACAGUAAAUGAACAGAAAAAAAAUAAUAAAUGAGUAGAAUUAUUUCAUGAAUGGAUAAAGAUUGAUGCAGUGAUUAAGCUUCGUAGGUCGGAGCUGGACCGUAGCAGUACCUGGCUCUUUUCUGUGUUUUGCAGAUUUCUGGGUUAGUCGGCACUCAAGGAUUGUUUUUCAGUUUUGUUUUGUCUUUUUACCAAUACAGUUGCAUUUAAAAAUAUAUAAAUAAAAUUGUAUUUUGGGUAACAUAGAAAAAUUCCAGCAUGUAGUUAAAUUCAAGUGGAAAAAUUAACAAUUCCAUGCUAUUUUUUUUCAUAGCAACUUGGGAUUCUUAUUUACUGGUAUACACCCAGAAAAUACAAUGUAAGAGCACAAUGCUUUUUUUUUUAUUCUCACCACUUAAAAUUUUUACUUCUCAGGUCACUCAACAUUGUAAAGGGGUUAGCUGGUAGUAAAAAGAAGUUGGGGCAGAGGAAGACAAUUUUUAAAAAGUAUUCCAGGGCGUGUUGAUGUAAAAUAGCUUAGGCUUUAGAAGGAUGAAGAAUUUUCUUAUUCUCCUUUUUUUCCUGCAGCCAUUUGAUAUCCACACACAAAUGCCUGAAAGUGAUGUUUUGCCACCUAGUUCCAUUUGUAUUUGCUUGUAAAUCUGAUUCAGGUGUCUUCAUUAACAUUGACAUUUAUCACUGCAGUCAAAACUAUAUCGAAGUUAGAGAAGUUGUUGACUAAAUUUGAAGUCUAUUUUUGCUCAACUGUGGAGCAGUAGGCAGCAAACUUUGGACAUUCCAGGACGUACGAGCUUACUUUCUGAUUACAUGCCAGCUGCUGAACUCUGAUUUGUCACUAAAACCAACAAACUUGGUAAAGAGUUUUAAGUACAAAUUCAAGAGAUCAAAGUGUCACUCUGAAAACAGGCAAGGGAUAGGAAAUAGGCUUCCACUGAAGAAGAAAAAAAAAAGACGUUUUGCACUUGUGGCUAUAAUUUGUGUUUUGAGGGGAUUUAAGAAUGUUAUAUCAAAGCCUAAACGUAGCAUGUAUUUAGACCAAUAACCAGGUACUAGCAGCUUGUUCUCUCACUGAGUUUUGAGUGAGUUUCCUUUACGGGAUUCCUGUUUUUCAGAGUUGAUGUGCAAAGUUCUUGUAGCUGCAGAAGUAGUUAGAAUUUUUUUCCCUACUUUCAUAUUUAAUUUUAAUGCAGUGAGUUCUUGUGGAGACACCUGUUUACCAUCUUGUUCAAUUGUAAAUGUUCCCUUACGCUUUUGGAAUAAAUUCAUUUUGUAAUUUU